AUGUAUCUCUUAUAUUCCCCGUUUUUAUUAAGUAAAUAUGAGACACGUACAAAACUAGUCGAAUUUUCUCUCUCUCCCUCUCUUUCUCUAUCUCUCUGUCUAUUUCUCUCUCUCUUUUCUCUACCUCUUUCUCUCUCUUUCUUUUCCUUUGUCUCUUUCUCUCUCUUUUUCUCUAUCUCACUUUCUCUCUUUUUCUCUCUCUCCCUUUCUCUUUCUUUCUUUCUUUCUUUCUUUCUUUCUUUCUUUUCUUUCUUUCCCUUUCUUUUCUCUUUCUUUUCUUUCUUUCUUUCUUUCUUUCUUUCUUUCUUUCUUUCUUUCUUUCCCUUUCUCUUUCUCUCUUACUUUCCCUUUCUUUCUUUCUUUCUUUCUUUCUUUCUUUCUUUCUUUCUUUCUUUCUGUCCGUCUCUCUUUUACAGCCAUCUUUUUUCUUUCUGCUCAAUCUCUUUCACUGUCGUUCUCUAUUUUCUCUUAACUAUUCUUUCACUGUAUCGAUUUUUAAAUCAACUGUUUCGUCUUAACCUCUUUUUUUUUCUCCACUCUCCCUCUCUCUUUUCCUCUAUCUCUCUUUCUCUCUUCCUUGAUUUCUUUUUUAUCGUCUCUUUAAAUAAAAUAAAAUUGAAUCUAUCUAUCUAUCUAUCUAUCUAUCUAUCUAUCUAUCUAUCUCGGUCUGAUUUAUAUCUAUCUAUCUAUCUAUCUAUUCGUUCACAUUUCUCCCUUUUUCUCCCUCUUUCUAUUACACAUUCUAUUACAGCGGAAAUUCAGACAUUUUGUUUCUGA